CCUUGCCACCGCGCGUCGAGCUUCACACGCUUCACUCAUCUCAUCUCUUUCUUUCUUAUAUCAACCAUGUCAGACUACGAAGACGGAGACACCACCUCCGCCACCAUGCAGAAGCGUCUCGCAGUCCCAAAGUAUCCCGACCAGGUCAUCAUGCCGCGGCCGCCCAUCCCGCCCCCGCCCAUGAGCCACACCACGCUGCGGCAGGUGUGCGACAAGCUGCUCAACGCCGAGUCGUUCAGCGUCACCAAAAGCCCUUCUGUGUGUCCGGUCGGCGCGGGCCCGAACGAGCUCUACACCGUCAAGCCGUACUGGUGGAACGAGGGCGGGCAGUGGGUGCGCCGCGACGGGCACAAGAAUCCAGACUCCAAGCUGCCCCAGUCGCAGAACCAGCUGCAUGAGGCCGCACGCGCGAUCCAGGCUCUCGCGUUCGGCGCUACAUGCCUGCCCCAGGCCGAGGCGUAUACCGCCAAGGCCAACCAGCUUCUCCAUGCCUUCUUCCUCGACCCGGCCACCCGCAUGGUCCCCGAGGUCAACUACUCGCAGUGCAUCCCCGGACAGGGGGGCGACAAGGCGUUCGCCAUCGCGCUGCGCUACAUCAUCCUCGUGGACCAGGCGCUCACUGUGCUCCAGAUGCCGCCCGACAUUGCGGAAGGCAUGCGCCAGUGGCUGUCCGCCCAGGCCGAGUGGAUGGCCGAGGGCGAGCAGGGAAAGAGCGCGCGCGGAAGCGCCAACAACAUCACCUUGUGGUACCACGCGAUCUACGCGUCGCACCUCUCCGUCAUCGACCCCGGCAACGUGGCCGCGUACGUCCAGCAAACGCUGGCGGGCGAGCACAAAGACCCCGCGCAGUUUUUCGCGCCCGAGCUCCAGCGCACCCGCCGGCGGCACUACACGCUGUUCUCGCUCGAGGCGCUGUUCGUGAUUGCUGGCGCGGCGGGCGUGCCCGACGCCAACGUGCAGCAGUGGCUCGCGAACCUCGUGGCGUACGCCAAGACGGUGACGUGCGGCGACAUCGAGGUCGACAUCGACGCCGACCAGCGCUUCAAUGCCAAGGUCGCGUACUUUGACCGCCAGUUGCAGCGGUGGGCGGGCCAGCCUGUGCCCGAGUGCGACCCGGACGGGUCGGGGUGGGUUGGCGGCUGGAACCAGCGCUCCAAGCUGGUGUGGCAGAUGGUGUAGUAGUAAACAGAUCCACUGCAUACAUGGACAGCGUGGACGUGG